AUUGUUAUUGCUAUUUCAGUAAGUUAUUUUACUAUUUUCUAAUGACUUGCACAAUAAAAACAUUACUUUCUUCUGAGCAAUUUUACUUUUUACUUUGGCACAUUCUGAUUAAUCUCAUGUGCAGUGUUUCCAACUAUUUUUCAGUGAGAUUCGCUAUUGGCUCCGCUAGAUGACGUGACAGCACGAAUUUGUCUUGCUGCAGUCGCCGAAGUAGCGUUCUCGACCGCUUUCUCGUCGCACCUCCCUCUUUGUGCUUUUCUGCCUGCGUGUUCGCAGUUGCUUUGAUUUCUGGUACAGACAGCUUCUCCCACUCGUUUGCUGCAUAAUUGAUUGGGGAAAUAUGGAGCGAGAUGGCUGCCAAAAAGUUGAACAUAUGUAUUGUUAGGAUCUUAAGAAAAUCUUAUGGAAAAAGCCAUGCAUGAAACAUGAAACGUAAACGUUAAAUUAGAUAUGUAAAUGUAAAAACCCAAAGUUACGAAUAUGAAUGAACAUUGACACUUUCAAUUCUUACUUUGUCUCCCUUUACUUGGUUACAGAUCUUUCUUUUUUGUAUCCGUGUGGGGCUGCUGUGGUAUAGCCAAGGGGUCUCAAAUAGUCUUGACUAUUUAUAGCCUAUUCUUAUUGCCAGAUCUGUUUUCCUUAUCAGCCACUGCAUGUGCUGCUUCAACUAUUUUGUAAAAAAAAAAGAUGUAAAGACUAUAUUUAGAGGCCUGUGAGCUAGGAUCUCUUAAGUGUAGCCCUAUAAUACGUUAUAAAACACAACUUGAGUAUUAAAAAAUAAUUCCACAAGACAUCAGUACCCACAAUGAUGGCCUAAAUUGAAAUGCUUACAAGUUGAAGGCCUAUUUUUCUUUUUGCUGUAAACCUUAAUUGUAAAAUGGUACGUUUUAAUCAAUUAUUUGGUGAUGUGAUUUUAUAUUUAGUAUAGUUUUAUCAAAUGUUUUACAAUUUACAUUUUUCUCAAAGUCACUGAAGCGGCUGGUCAUCCCCUUCCUCCCGAGGAGCCUCCACGGACACACGCCUAUAUACAGUAUAUGAGGAUGCGUCCCUGGGUGGCUACAAGGGACAUUGCUGCGCAAUGGGCCUGGUCUCUUUAAAGUGGGAGACACUGAAUACAACCACUGGUUUGAUGGCAUGGCCUUAAUUCAUAGUUUCACCUUCAAAGAUGGUGAUGUGUACUACAGGAGUAAAUUCCUGAGGAGUGACACCUUCAAGAAAAACACUCAGGCAAACAAGAUUGUUGUGUCAGAAUUUGGGACAAUGAUCUAUCCCGAUCCCUGCAAAAACAUAUUUUCAAAAGCCUUCUCCUACCUUCUCGCUGCCAUCCCUGACUUCACAGAUAACAACCUGAUAAACAUCAUUAGAUAUGGGGAGGACUACUAUGCCUCAUCAGAAGUCAACUACAUGAAUCAAAUUGACCCAAUUACCUUGGAUGUAAUUGGAAAGAUGAACUACAGGAAUCACAUUGCUCUGAACUUGGCGACUGCACACCCUCACUACGACGAUGAGGGAAACACCUAUAACAUGGGAACUGCCCUCAUGAGGUUUGGCAUGCCCAACUAUGUUAUCUUCAAGGUUCCAGUAAAUGCAUCAGAUAAGGAGCAUAAGAAGCCUGCCCUGCGGAAGGUGAAGCGGGUCUGCAAUAUACCGUUUCGCUCUACCCUCUUCCCCAGCUACUUCCACAGCUUUGGCAUGACAGAGAAUUACAUCAUCUUUGUCGAGCAGCCAUUCAAACUGGACAUCCUCAGACUGGCCACAGCUAUAUUUAGAAGCGUCAACUGGGCCAGCUGCCUCAAAUACGACAAAGAGGACAUUACGCUGAUCCACCUGGUCGACAAGAAGACUGGGAAGGCUGUGUCCACCAAGUUCUACACAGAUGCCCUGGUGGUUUUCCACCACAUCAACGCCUACGAGGACGACGGCCAUGUAGUGUUUGACAUGAUCACCUACAAAGACAGCAAUCUGUAUGAAAUGUUCUACUUAGCGAACCUGAGAAAGGAAACUCAUGAAUUCAUUGAGACCAACAAGGUCAACUUCUCCCCACCAAUCUGCCAUAGAUUUGUCUUGCCUCUCACUGUUGACAAGGAUACUCCAAAUGGAACAAAUCUGGUGAGGCUCAAAGACACAACUGCCAAAGCAGUGAUGCAGAGAGAUUGCUCGCUGUAUUGCCUGCCUGAAACAAUAUUUGAAGGUUUGGAGUUGCCAGGGAUGAACUACAAAUUCAAUGGCAAGAAGUACCGUUAUUUCUAUGGCUCAAGAGUGGAGUGGACUCCACACCCAAAUAAGAUUGGGAAGGUGGACAUCGUGACCAGAAAGUACAUUGAGUGGACAGAGGAGGACUGCUACCCUUCUGAGCCUGUGUUUGUUGCUUCACCAGGAGCUGUGGAGGAGGAUGACGGAGUCAUUUUGUCCUCAGUCGUCUCACUCAAUCCAAAGAUAUCCCCCUUCAUGCUUGUCCUUAAUGCCAAAACCUUUGAGGUAAUUGCUCGUGCCUCAAUUGACGCCAGCAUUCAUAUGGAUCUGCAUGGACACUUCAUUCCCACACAGAGCACCAACUGACAUAGCCAGCAGAGGGCAGGAUUGUACCUUAACAUUGUAGAGGGCAAAGUAUUGUUCCCAACCAUGGAAAGUCUAUGUCUGUGCCCCCAUGGAAAUUCAAUGAGCAUAAUAAACAAACAUUCCCAUGAAAAUCAUUGUGUUUAAAGUUGAUCUGUUUUGCGUGGGCUGAGUCUCAAUCCACCACAUCCGCUGAUGACUGCCUUCCGCAUCUGCGGUAGGAGGCAGAGCUUCAAGAUCAUGUCUAGAUGGGAUACAGGUUGUCAAAUUGACAUCUAAGGUGAUUAUUUUUGCAUUUUAGCUAACACUAACCCCUCCUAACCUUAACCUAAUUCACCUAACCUGCAACUUGAAUUAUCCUAACCUACUGUAUAAGUUCUAAACCUGAUACGAAUUAUUAAACAGAGAACGACGUAACCUCUAUUUUUGUAAAUCAGGAUGUAUACAAUAUAGUUUUGUAUGUUAAAAGGGUUUAUAAUGUAUUCAUUCCGUCUAUCCUGGUCACCCUAUUGUAAAUUAUAUUGUUUUUCUGUACAACAGGUAAUUAAGGAAAACAAUAGUGUGCUGCAAAUCAGUUGUGGCAUUGCUAUCACCAUUACUUCUCUCAAGUGAGUACUUACAGCACUUUCUGCGCACAUAAUUACCUCAUUCAACAUUAUGAUGAUUAUUACCAUGAGUCACUACAAUGUACUUACAUUAGAUUUGUAAAUAUAUAUUUGAAUAUCCAUUAGAAUACUGUGUGAAUUAAAUACAAGUAUUUAAUAAACUCAUAAAAAAACAUGUAUACUUUUAUUUAGUACAUUCUAGAGGAAGACUGAAACAAGACAUUAAUGCUCUAAAGUUAGAAUGAAAUUUGACAAUUUGUUGUGCAUUAAAUGCCAGUUAAUGUUUUGUUUUAAGUGUGUUUGAUUCUGAAAUCAUUCUAUGACUUUGCUUAAAAUGGAUCCCCUGAUGUCUGUGUAAAUGUGCAAUUGAACUAUUUGUCUUAGUCUGACCAUGUCAUCACCUUAUAAUUAAUAGUCUAAAAUGAGCAUAUUGCUUACAACUACAGUAAUGCAAAUGUCUAUUUCUUUGUGUGAUAUAGUCCAACAACAUGGCUGUGCCAGUAAACUACAUGUUUGCUUGCUAACAAAUAAAAACUAGAGGGA